AUGUGUGUGUCUUCUUCUUUUUCUUUUUUCUCUUCCACCCUCUUCCCUUAUUUCUCCCGACUCCAUCUGUGUCUUCUUUUCGGAAAAUGGACCGCCCGUGACUCCGCCCUCUCGGGAGCACCUACCUUCAGAGGAAGAGGUCGCUUUGUCAUUUUAUUUCAUAUCCCCCUUCAAGAGAAAAUGUAUCUAUUCGCACUUCUUUGUGGUGUAUUGUUAGUUUUUAAACAGGCAUGUUCACGUGGUGCUCCCCCAACAAUUCAACAACCAUCAAUGUCUAGUGCAGUUGCUCUUCUUGGACAAGAUGUUGAUUUUACGUGUAUCGUAAAUGAUCUUGGAAGUCAUAUGGUAGCAUUUGUCAAAGCGGACUCACCACCACGGCUGCUCUCGUUCGACGAAAAAGUGUUUCGACGACGCAACAAGUACGAAUUGAAGCCGCGAAUCGGAGAUCUACACAAUGAAUGGGUCCUCACUAUUAAAAAUGUUCAGGAAUCAGAUCGUGGAAAUUAUUCUUGUCAAAUCAACACUGAACCAAUUACACUUUCAACCGGAGAACUUGAUGUGAAAGUUCCUCCAGUCGUAUCUCGAAGUACACCAGCUGCAGUAGAAGUUCGUGAAGGGAACAACGUGAGUCUGACGUGCAAAGCAGACGGAAAUCCGACUCCCACAGUCAUCUGGAGACGUCAAGAUCGUCAAAUAAUCCGCUACAACGGCGCCACUGGAUUCGGAGCAAGUGUGUUCCAUGGACCUGUUCUUCAUCUUACAAAAGUCUCAAGAAAACACAUGAGCGAGUAUCUUUGUGUUGCAAGUAAUGGAAUUCCACCUGAUGAAUCUUGGACUGUCAAGCUUUUGGUUACAUUUCCCCCACUCGUUCAAGCUCAAUCUGAAACAGUGCAAGCAAGUGUUGGCUCAAUGGCAAGAAUGGUUUGCACAACAGAAGCAUGGCCAAGACCGGAAAUGGGAUGGGAAAAGGAUGGAGAACCAGUUUAUGAAAGUAACAAUGUUGCGAUGACGCAUACUGUAUCUGGUCAAUACCACAGUGUUCACAUUCUUGAAAUUAGAAAUGUUCAAUCAUCUCAUUUUGGAGUUUAUCGGUGCGUUGCCAAAAAUGACAAUGGAAUCCAUCAUUCACAAGUCACUCUUAAUCAGAUCUCUCACAAUCAUUUCACAAACUCGAAUUUAAUUCCAGAAGGUUCUGGAAUGCCACGUGGAUAUUCUGAAGAUGAUGAAGCAGACGAGGAAGAAGACAAUUUGGAGAAUCAAAAGAAUGAUUCAGAAGAAGAAGAUUCACAAUCACCUCCUCAAUUGGAAUUUUAUUCACAAGCUCGUCGGCAUGAAUCUCGGAAUGCUCCAACUACACGUUCAGAGCUCCGAGCAAUUCAAGUGGAUUCAGCCAGUUUCCCAUCACUUCUGCUCAUCACAAUAAUCUACUUUGUCUACCACGGGUUCUAA